UGCAACAAGUGAAACAAAGAGUACAAGGAUAACUUUCUCAUGUCGUUUAUGUUCCUGCCGCGCUGUCUUUUUGUGUUUUUCCUGUCAAACUUCAUCCAAGCCCAAUCAUCGCAAAAUAACGCAUCAAAACCCACAUCUGCCGGAUUGCCGGGAGACUUUAUAGUUGGCGUGUUAGUUAGUGUGCAUCACCAGCCGUCUCCAUCGCAAGCGAGUCAACGUCGCAUCGGACAACAUUUGUGCGGCGAGGUAAGGGAACAUUACGGAAUUCAACGUACGGAAGCCGUUAUCCAGACCAUCGAUGAAAUUAAUGCCGAUCCAACGAUUUUGCCAAACAUCACAUUAGGAUAUCAAAUACUGGACACUUGCUGGUACGCUCCCAUUGCAUUGCGACAAACGAUCGAACUCAUUCGAGGCACAGAAGAUGAAAAGUGCACGUCGAAGAAUGUCACAGUGGCACAAAAAGCGAUACAGAAACACGCGUCGAGUGCAACCAAAGCAAAUAAUGCCACAUUCAAAAAUACCUUGAUUGGAAUAAUUGGUCCGGGCAGCAGUUCCAUCGCGUUACAAGUCCAAAAUCUUCUGCAACUUUUUUCACUUCCCCAAAUUGGUUACUCGACAACUUCGCGUGAUUUAUCCGACAAGGCGCGUUACAACACUUUUUUGCGCGUCGUGCCAUCCGAUUACUACCAAGCACAAGUUAUGAUUGAUAUCGUAAGGCGUUUCAAUUGGACCUACGUGUCGGCUGUGAAUACGGAUGAAAAUUACGGUCAAUCCGGCAUCCAAGCAUUCCGUGAACUUGCUGAAAAAUACGACGUCUGUAUCGCUCGCGAAGAUUCCGUUCUAAGCAACGCUGACAAAAGCCAAUUCGACGAUGUCCUUCGCAAUUUGGAGUACGAUAAGCUGGCCAAUGUCGUAGUUUGCUUCUGCGAAGGCAUGACAGUUCGUGGUUUACUGGCUUCUAUGGAAAGGCUCAACUUGUCCGACAGAUUUCUCUUCAUCGGAACUGACGGAUGGGCAGAUCGAGCUGACGUCGUUCUCGGGUAUGAGCGACAAGCAUUGGGUUCCAUCACUGUUAGAAUUCACAGUCCAUACGUCGAGUCGUUCGACAAACGAUAUUUUGGGUUGUCGCCAUUCACAAAUACUCGCAAUCCUUGGUUUACGGAGUUUUGGGAGCACAAAUUUGGAUGCCAAUUGCCGGGAGAUCCGAAUAUUUUGCAGCCAUUGACGAACUUUUUCGAUAAGAAAGUUUGUACAGGAAAAGAAGAUUUAUCCGAAAAAUACAAACAAGAACCAAAAUUAAGUUUUGUGAUAAAAGCAAUAAAGACGAUGGCAAUUGCCUUGAAUCAGCUGCAACAAGAUACAUGUGGUACGAAUUUUACAGGCGCUUGCUCAAAAAUGUAUCCGUUCAACGGAACUUUAUUUUUUAACUACUUACUCAACGUUUCCUUCCCCUAUGGGCCCGACGGUGACAUGGUUGAAUUCGAUCAUCGCGGAGACCCCCCAGGUCGUUACGACAUCAUGAAUUUCCAAGUGCGCGGCGACACUUACGAUUACGUGAAAAUCGCCGAUUGGAAUAACGGGACAUUGGAUUUCAUUCGCGAGUAUCAGGAACCUCCGCCGGGACCCAUUGAAUCCGUUUGCAGUAAACCUUGCCCAAAUGGCUAUUACAAGAGCAUUCAAACGGGAGGACAAGAGAAAAAAUGCUGCUGGGUGUGUUUGCCAUGUGACCGACAUCAAAUUCUCGCAAACGAAACAUAUUGUCAGGACUGCGCCAUGGGCUAUUGGCCAAAUAAACAGAAAAAUACUUGUCUUCCGAUUCGUAUCGAACAUAUGCAAUGGGAUGAUGGACAUGCUAUCAUCAGUAUGACAUUUUCGGUAACGGGCACAAUUGCGACAUUUAUCACACUUUGUAUUUUCAUCAGAUACAACAAUACGCCUGUGGUUAAGUCAUCGACACGCGAAUUGUGCUACAUAAUUUUGAUUGGAAUGAUCUUUUCGCACGUCUCGGUGUUUGCCAUCCUGAAAAUACCGACGGAAAUGUCAUGUGGCGUCAGUCGAUUCGUACCUGGCGUGUCAUUUUCCAUGAUUUACGCCUCGUUAUUUGUCAAAACGAAUCGCAUAGCGCGGAUUUUAGCGGGAUCCAAGAAAAGUUUUCCUUCAAAACGGUUGAAAUUCAUGUCAGCUUCCGCUCAAUUGGUUUUAACGAGUGUUUUAAUAUUCAUCGAAAUAAUUAUUACCGUUGCAAUGUUAAUUGUGGAGCCGCCCGGUAUCGAACAUCAAUAUCCAACUCGUCGUCGUGUCCUUUUAGUUUGCAGCACAAGUGCUCGAGGCGUUCUCGUCCCGCUCGCUUUUAUUUUUGUUCUUAUUGGAUUCUGUACGUUGUAUGCCUGGAAGACGAGAAGUGUCCCGGAGAACUUUAAUGAAGCGAAAUUCAUCGGAUUUGCCAUGUACACGACUUGUGUGAUUUGGGUCGCUUUUUUGCCCAUCUACUUUGGGAGCGAAUCAAAAAUAAUCACGCACUGCAUUUGCAUAUCGUUGUCGGCAACAGUUACGUUAAUUUUAUUGUUCUUUCCCAAAUUGUACAUCAUUCUGGUGCGACCUGAACGGAAUAUACGGGCAUUUUUUACGACAACAUCAAAAAUAAGAUGUCACAUUGGCGCACAAAAAAUAUCGACAAUUUCCUCCAAAGUACCUAGCUCAUUUUCAAGUAGUCAUGAUUGCUGUGAAUGUAGUAAACGAUCAUCGAUUGAAAGAAAUCGUGUAUCAGUAAAAUCCACGGCAAUCCAAACUUCGCCAGAUCUCAAACGCUUAACACUCCUUGCCGACAAUGCCAUGCCAGAUGUCGACAAAUCUUCCAUUAUCAGCGACUUAUUAUAUUGCGGAGACCCGAAGUCCCCCUCACGUAACGAUAUUCAAAACCGCCCGAAGCAAGAAACUCCAAAAAUUCGUUUUAGCGAGCAAAAUCAAUACAUUAGCGAUCAUUCUUCGUUAUCUGUUCCGCAACCCGGGGCUGCAACGGAUCGCACCAUGAGCAGCGACAGCAUGGAUACGCUCGACAAUCAAGCCGUUAACUUCAAUUAUGACUACUACACGACGCCAUAUAGCGUCAACACCGUGCGUCGAAAGAGCACCGACAGUGACGAACGCAAAUAUUUGUGCAAGGAUUGCGCUCGCAAAGACACGUACAAGUGGAAUCCGGAACACCUGCGGACGACAAUUAGCGAGGAAAGUCUCUCGGGAUGCUCGGCAAGCGAAAGUAGCGCUCACGAAUACAAAAUCAAAAAUAUCACAAUCAAAAUUGGGAAGCCAUAUUACUUGUAGGAAGUAGGAAAUUAAGAAGCCUUAGAAGAAAAGGGAACCAAAAAAAAAAUAAUUCACGUGAACAGAACUUUAUUUAGUUUUUUCAUUCAGAUUUUCUUUAAAUGCCUACCUAAAAGCUAAUAUUUUUUUAACGAUUC